GUUUGGAAAAAACGAACACAAUUAGACCAGGAGCAGCUGCUGCAAUAAAUGACCUCAGGAAAUUCAGACUUUCCAGACCCAGACUUAAGCCAAUUAUAGAAAACAGAACAAGAACUCAGUCAAGGGAUAGCUGGAAGAAAUCAGCUGCUGGGAAGAUGGCUGAGAAGAAGAUGUCGCUGAGCCGCAAAAAUCAUCUCAAGAGUGUGCUGCUUCAGAUCGGUAAAGAACUGCUGGAGGAGGAGGCUCGUGAGGCCAAGGAGGAGAAAAUAAGGUACAUGAAAGAGAACUGUCCCGACCUCUCCUUACCACAAUGCACCCCGGACAUUCAGGAGCUGUGCCGACAACUUCACAAGCAGAUCGAUUUGGUGGACGAAGAACGAUAUGAUGUGGAGAUGAAAGUGAAGAAAUGCAACAAAGAGAUUGAUGACCUGAAGAUGAAGGUCCAGGAUCUUAACGGCAGGUUUAAGAAGCCCACUCUGAGGAGAGUGAGGAUGUCGGCUGACGCCAUGCUGUCCGCUCUGCUUGGCUCCAAACAUAAAGUGUCCAUGGACCUCCGAGCCAACCUGAAGCAGGUGAAGAAGGAGGUGAAAGAGGAGGAGAAGCAGACAGGGGACUGGAGGAAGAACAUUGAAGAUAAAGCCGGGAUGGACGGCAGAAAGAAGAUAUUUGAGACAGAGGCUUAAAUAAUAUUGAGUUGUUCUGCAAUUGAUAACUUGAUUAAAUGUGUUUGUAAUUCGAAUCCACUCUGUUGUUGCUUGACCUGCAUGCUAAAAGUAAAAACAGCAAGGUUUUAUAUGUUCUGUCUUUUCUUUGUAAUGCUACAGACUUAUUCUGCAACCAAUUUGAAUAAGCUUUUUUUUAAAAAAAAAAUAAAAUUUA